AUGGGUAACGACUUGAUCCAGUGGUACUGUAGGCCUGUUGAGGAUGGAUUGUGGAGCAGAGUACAGAAUGCUUUCGGAGCCUACACACCCUGUGCCAUGGAGUCAGUGGUCAUCUGUAUCUCAUACUUGGUGGUGGCCGUCUUGUGCUGCUACCGUAUUUGGCUCAUCAAGAAGGACCUCAACGCCAAAAGAUACUCUCUGAGAUCACACUAUUACAACUACAUGUUGGAGGCUCUUGCUGUCUAUUGUGGUGUAGAGUCUCUGUUCCGACUAAUCGUGGGAAUAUCAAUUGUGGAUAUGGAUGGCCAGUCUACUCUUGCCCCUUUUGAGGUUUGCUGAGUCUUUGAUAUAUGUUAUCUAAUUUUAUAUUUUUAUUCGUUGUCAAAUUUGAAAGUUGACCUGGUUAAUCCUGUGUUAAUGAUUUCUUAUUCCCCUCAGACUUUUGCUUUUUCCCAAUUUUUUCCCGGAUUCAUUGUUGGUAAGCAAAUUCAAGAGUGGACGGUAUUUUUACCCUGCAUAAUCUAUUUUUAUACGUUUUGUUUUUUGCAGAUUGUCUCUUUAACAGUAAAUGUUAUUGCGUGGUGUUCUCUGCUGAUUAUGCUCCUUGUAGAAACGAAAAUCUACAUUUAUGAGUUGCGUUGGUAUGUCCGAUUCGGUGUUAUCUAUGCUCUGGUGGGUGAAUGUGCAAUGUUCAGUCUUCUUUUCUCUGUCAGGGAGUAUUUCAUCAGGUAACUAGUCCUCUUAUGUGCAAUUGGCUCUUUACUUCUAUUCAUCAAUGUCGUGAACUUCAAUAUGAUUUUAGGAAUCCCUUUUCGUUCACUGAAUAACAUGGAUGCUGGAUUUUUAUACGGAAUUAUAUGUUUUAUGUAUCGCAUUGUUUGAGCUGACAGAGGGUAAGUAUGGAUUGACAUUAACGAGUUCCAUUGUUUCCUUAUUUAAAUAUCUUCCUCUUGAGUUUGAGAUACCUAUUUCGCUUUGUAUAAUGAAAUGAGUUCACAAAAUGGUUGAUGAAAUUCAAAAAAUUAUUGCCAUUGAAAACUAAUAAUGGUAAAAUUCAGAAACUAAUAAUGAUUCUCAGAAAAAUAAAGAUUUUUUUGGCCCAAAAAGAUUUCAUUGGUACAUUUAGUUUGGAGGGAGAUAUUAAGCGUGAUUCAAUAACUUGCCCAUUUCUAAAGCUUUAAGGAUAUAGAUUUCUCCAGUUUUUAAUCCGUGCCUCUAUAUUUUAAGUACUACUGCGAUUCGUCUGAGCCAUAUGUUCCUUCAAAUGUUGAAAUCAACAGUAGUAAUUACUAUAUUAUUAUAAAAAUGUUACCUUUCUCAUUUCUGAUGGGGAUUUUAUGGACGAUUUACCCAGAUGAUAUUUGUAGCUCUGAUAUGGCAAUCCAUAUAUAACAUGGACGCAUGUGGGCCCAAUCUUCUUUCUGUUUGGUGAAUAUUUUCAGAUCUUAGGUCGGGCAGCAGGAUAUUAUGAGAAAGAGAGUAAGGUGGAGGAUGUUUAGAAUUUGUGGUAUUUUAAAAUAAAUUAUAGAUAUAGCAUAAUCUCUGAACCUAGAAAUGUCUAUUACUUUUCAAUGUUUUGUCACCAAGGCUGGCAUAUCACAAUGAUUCGUGUGAUGUGGCACGAGUUCCAUUGAACCUGUGCUAAAACAAUAUCAAGUUGGCUUGACUUUAUUUAUGGAAGAUUUGGCCACUUUUGUCUGGUUCAAUCAUGUGGUGGCUAGCUAGUUGAUCCCUACGUGGAUCAUCUUAUGGGAGCUGACACAUCAGGGAAUUUAAAAGCUGUGAUCACAUUUCCUGGGCAAUGUACUAUCCAGUCAAGGAACCAUUAUGUUGAUGGGGGCUUUCCAUUGGGAAGGUUAACAUGGGGUUAUUCACUUCUCAUUUUUGUGCUGCUCCCUCUUUGGAAUGUCUUCAUAGAAUGCUUGCGAAAUCUUUCAGCGACUGUUCGUUUCCCAUUUUCAUGGACUGCCUUUUGGGAUUGGUACCAAAGACAUUGUUAAUAACAAUCCUUUGUUAUGAUGAUAUGAGUUCCCUCACAUAAUCGGAAGUGUAAUUCACAUGGAUCAUGCAGUGAAAAAAAAUAGGGAUCAUGUCACAAUUGUAUAUACCCAUCCCUAUUGCCGUGUUUAUCUACAUCUUGCUCUCUUUGCAUCUAUUGAUGAUUUCUCGUUUUGUUUUCUAAUGUGUCAGGAACAUUUAUUGAAUUUUGUUUCCCUUUUUCUCAGAUCAAUCAUUUAUUUGUAUGCAAGUGAAAUGCUUUGCAAGGUAUGCUUACUAUCUUUUCUUGUUCAUAUAUCUGUUCUGCUUAAGUAGACAUUAAAUAUUUUAAGAGUCUGGUUUUUUUAGUAAUUUUCUGUACUUACAAAAUUCUUAUGCAGCUGUUAUUUGGGUUCCUCUUACUGUUCUAUGUUCCCAAUUUGGAUCCAUAUCCUGGUUACACUCCCAUUGAACGGGAAGUGUCUGCUGACAGUACAGAGUAUGAACCUCUUCCUGGAGAUGAACAGAUUUGCCCUGAGAGGCAUGCUAAUAUAUUCUCGUGUAAGUAUUCAGAUCAUAAAAUAGUAAGUGAAUUUUUUUUGAACAUUUAAAUAGCAUUUCAAAUGGAAAAAAUAUAUAUAAUGCUGAGAUCCCAUCUUCAAGUGGAUUCUUUCAAACUGAAAUGGAGUUUUCUUGAUCUAACUUUCCUCUUUGAUGUUAUGCUAGGGAUAUAUUUCUCAUGGAUGACCCCACUCAUGGAGAAGGGCUAUAGAAGACCUAUCACUGAAAAGGAUGUUUGGAAAUUGGACACAUGGGAUUUAACAGAAACACUGCAUCAAGAGUAGGUGUUCUUAACAUGUUGGUGUUUGCUACUGGAACACUCCAUUAUAUCUUUAUGCCUAAAAACUAAAUGAAUCUAUCCUCAACUUUCAGCUUCGAGAAAUGUUGGAUCAAAGAAUCUAGGAAGCCUAAACCGUGGCUUCUGAGGGCUCUUAAUGCUAGUCUUGGUGGGAGGUAGAGAUCAUAAAAACAAUGUUUUCAUGGGGCUCACAUUCUUUCCAAGAAGAAUUUUCUUCUUCUCUCCCUUGUUAGUGAACUUGUUUUAUCCUUAUCUGCAGGUUUUGGCUUGGAGGUAUUUUUAAGGUAUCAUGUGGAGCAUCUUCAAUUUCAUGCGACACUGCUUCUGUCUGCACUUAAUUAAUCCUGUUAGAUUCAUUUUCCAAGACGUUUGACUGUUGUAACAAAUUUCUUACACGUGAUCUUGGUUUAUUUCACCUUGGUUAAGUGGCCUACUGCUUCAAUCCAUUGUUUGCAUUGAUAUUUUUUAUGAUUUGUUGAUAUAAUAAAGCACUCUUACCGGUUCCUAUGUUAACAACUGAUGCAAGGACUUAUCGGUAUGCUGGAUGGUGAUCAGAGCAGCUUAGAUGAUGACUUUUGCCUAAAUAAUUUGAACAGUCUCUAGAGAGUCUUUUUUAGCAAGUAAUUCACGGCAUCUUUGAUGGGAACAGCAUAGCAGGAAUCGUUAAGGGGUGAAUUUGUAGACCUCUUCCUGCCUUCAUAGUUAUGAUUGAAUAUUAAUCUGGAUACAUCACCAUCUAAAUGACCGUGGAAAUUAUGAUUUGAUGUAUCAAUGUCGACAAGUAACUAGAUAUCUGUGAGACGAACUGCGUUAUUCAUUAUAGAAAUACAAUCACAAUGAAUGGAAGAAAAACUAUAUCCUCUUUGGUGGGAGAGACGAAGAACUUUGAUCUGCACAGGCAUGUUUUAGGCUAUCUAUAAAGUAGGAAGAUCAAUGGAGGGCUAGGGAAUCAUUAUAAAUUCAGGGGACUUUAUCUGAUUUCUUAGAUGCAUGUUUGAGCUUUCUUGCAUUCGACCAAAUUUGGAGAUGGGUUUUGACUUUCUAUGGGAGUGCUCUCACUGAUGAGGUUUAAUCUUGUCAAUCAGUCUAGGAUAACUUUAAAUAGUACAGCUGUUGUCAUGUCCCUCCAAGAGAUUUCUAAAUUUUGAAUAGAUCUCUUUGACUUCAUUUAAAAGUAGAUAGCCCAAUUUUUGUGGGGCUAUUUAGCUGUCCUUCAUUCCUUUUUCUCUGAAUUUCGGGGUAGAUUAUGAUCAAUUUAUGGAGAGAUGUAUAAAGUACGUUCUUAAUCAUUUAGUAAAGGAAAGUGGAGUUUAGGGAUAUUACAAAUGAAAUAAUCAUAAUUAUAAAAAAUCACGUGAUAAUUCUCUAAAAAUUGUUAGAGUUCCUUGAAUGUUUUUCAGAGUUAUCAAUUGAGUGGAAAAUUUCUGAUUACACAACAACAUUAGCAACCAGGAUUAACUCUGUAUCUAUUAAUCAAAGUCAUGGCCUUAGCCAUGGAAAUUGUCUAAUUUCCAAAAUUUCCUGUUGAAUCCAUUUUCCUUGUCCAUUAAUGUGGUAUAAUGUUUUUUAGCUCUUCCUGUUCGUUUCUUUGCAGAUUGGUAACGAUGUUUCACAGUUUGUGGGCCCUGUAAUCUUGAACCUUCUCUUACAAGUAAGCUGUCUCACAUAACUGCAGUUCCCUUCUUGGUUUCUUCUGUGAUAUAUUCUGCACAUUUCUAGUAUCGAUAACCUGUGAUGAACGUUAUACUAAGACCGACCUUAUAUUUCCUGGUCCCGGUGUCUUUCAGAAUGCUGACAGAUUUUGUUGAAGGCUCUCGAUCAUAUUUCAUUUCAUAUCAUUUAGUUGCGGAUGAUUGGACAGCGCUGAGGUUUCAUGGUCUUGAUUAGAACAACAUGAGAUAUAUCCCUUGUCAGACUCUUAUAUUGUGGACAAGCCACGCCCUAUUUAUCUAUCUAUGCUGAAAUUGUUCCGUUGAAAAAAAUAACUAUGAAAAAAUUCUGUGAACUAUCACUUAGGUAUUUGUAUUUUUUUCUGCAGUCUAUGCAAGAAGGGGACCCAUCAUGGAGCGGCUACAUCUAUGCUUUCUUAAUUUUCUUGGGAGUGGUUUGCGCCGGAACCUACUUUUUACUUUUCCUAUAAUUGUCGUGCAAUCUUGUUUAUAGUUGAUAUUUUUAUGUUUUGUCUCCUUUCUCUCUUCUUACAUUUCCCACUUCACUAAAACUAUCCAUGGCUAAUGCAUCGUCAGAAAGAAAAUCCAUUUAUGGUGAACGGCGACCAUUACACUUGCUUCUGUUUUAUAGUUAAACAUUCAUUGGCAAAAUAAUAAAUCAGAAGCAAGGGAAAAUUAUGUGACAAUAGUAAACUGUGCGACUUAACUUUUUUUCGUCUUAGAUGUACGUCUGGGAGUAACUUAGAAAAUGUAUUCCAAUAUGUUUGGGCUUUUGUUUUGAAAUGGUCUUACCUCAACAGAAAUCUCAGUUAUAGUACCCCCUGAUACUAGAAAGCUUGGGCAUAAGGAAAAGGGGAAGACCGAUUAUGUACCACAGGCAACUUUCCAACGGUAGCAGGGGUACAAGAGUGAAUAUAACUGCCACAAAAAUGUUGGGUGGAGGGAAUGUCGACUGAGACUUUCCUAAUUGUCAUUACCAUGGAGAAAUGUUUACUGACGCAGCCUUAACUACCAUCACCAAUUUCUACAGUCAGAGUUACUGGGUGAUGUCUUUGAAUUGUACUGACAUCUUGUACCUUGCUGAAAUUUAAUGAAUAUUCUCAAAAAAAUGUUUUGAGAAUAUUCAUUAAAUUUCUGAAGCCAAUCUGGUGAAUGUGAUGACAUAUAGCUUUGGUUCCUGAUCGCCUAAACCAAUUGAAAUGUUAAACUUUUAUGGGCUGAUUAGAUAAUCGCUUUGUAUUUGUGUUUUACUGGCAUGAAAUUCUUGGUCCAGGCACUUGGAGUUCUAAGUGAGGCACAAUAUUUUCAAAAUGUCAUGCGUGUUGGUUUCCGCCUAAGGUCAACCCUGGUAUGGCUUUUGCUGUUCAAUUAAUUAUGUCCUGUAUUUUUCUUAUCACGACAUUUCUUUGCAUGCAUAUUUUCUAUUACUGGAUCGUGGUCUCAGUGUUCAGAUGUAACCUACGCUUAUUAAAAUGACCUUUUUACAGUUUCCACUUUUUGUGUCUUCUAUCUUGCAAGCGGAUCCAGAAUUUGCAGUCUUGUAUAGGAUUUUGAUUCCCCAUGAUAAUGUUUUCAGAAAAUCAUCAAAAUUUAUAUUUGACAAGUUUUAUUGUUUCAUUUUGCUCUAACUGUAGAUCCAUGGCUACAAUCCUUGACCGAAUGUAUAAGAUCUAUCAUAGCAUAUUUUUGUAUUUUUAUAGGUUGCUGCUGUUUUCCGCAAGUCCCUGAGACUUGCACCCGAAGCUCGAAAAAGAAUUGCAUCGGGGAAGAUUACAAAUUUGAUAACUGCUGAUACAGAACAGCUUCAGGUUUGUUUCUUACAUCAUUAUUUUUGUAUUUGUAAAUACUUUCAACAUUCAACUGCGCACCGUCUCCCUUUUAGCUUGUGCCAAUUUUCAGCUGCUCAUCUAUCCAUGGGCUUGGCUACAGCCGGAAGUUCUUUCUUCAUAUAAGUCGUACAUCUUUUAGCGAUUUAAAAUUUCUGAGCCAGAGCUUGAAAGUGUGUAAUGAAAUGAUGAGCUAAAGUCAAUGCUGUGAAUCAUCUUCUGUAGUCUACGUCCCCCAAUUUUGGUCGUGCAUUUAUUUUUUCUUAGCAAAAUGUCCCUAAUAUGAUACUGUAUGAUUUUUAAUAACAAUUUAGCAAAAACAUUAUCUCAGCACUCCCAUUUUUUUAAAAUUCUUGGAGGAGCGUGCACUGAUGUUAGUCGCAUUGACAUCUUCUCCAUGCAGCAAGUAUGCCAACAACUUCACAGUUUAUGGUCAGCUCCGUUUCGCAUUAUCAUUUCUAUUUUUCUCCUAUACAAGCAGCUUGGUGUUGCUUCACUUGUUGGGGCAUUGAUGUUGGUUCUGUUGUUUCCCAUACAGGUACAUCUUUGAUUGGCUUGUGAUUGAUAUCAUCUCUGACAAAAUCUAGUUUAGUGUUUAUUUUUUCCCAUAUUAUUCAUUCAGGCUUUAUAUUGUGUUCAUCGGAUUUUUUUGUGUAACAAUUAUAGACUUAUGUUUAUUGUUUUAAAUGCUGUUUAUCCUUGAUCUCAAGGAAUGGCUUUAAAUGAACAUAUAUUCUUCAUGUUCUAACUUAUCUUUUUCAAAAUGUGCCGACACUGAAUCUGUAGACUCAUGAUAGUCUUUCGUAAAUAUUCUGACUUUUAUACAAUGGUAGAGAAUGUGAAUGUACCUUUGACGGGUUGAUGCAAAUUGGGUGGAAAUUAUCUUACGCAUAGUGUUCAUAGUACUUUCUUUUGGGAACUAGGAUACCCUAAGUCACGCAAAUUACAAAUACUGAAGAAAGAAAGAAGCUAAAGAAGAAAGAAUGGAGCACACGCAAGUUUUACAGUGGUUCACUCUCAACAUGAGAACUGUCCUGCAGCAUUCCACUAUCAAUCAGAAAAAGGCUGAUUAAGGUCAUGUUACCAAGACAGCAGCCUUAAAAAAUUCACGUUGCUCAAGAUGCUUGUAUGUUGGCCCGUUCCCAUCUAAGUGUGCAGUGAAUUAAGAAAAUGUGAUUCAUCACGAGUUCCUUUCUUUUCUAUUUUAUAAAAGGAGUCUAUGCACAAUUCCAGUUCUUCUGCAAAAAGGCUCUGUUGUUCCUUCCUGACAAUACCAAUGGGAUUUGGCGAAGCACAAUUCACUGCAACGUUUUUGUCUAAUAUCACUCAUUGAUUCAUCAAACAGCCUUAACCUUUGUCUAAUGCCUCCAUGUUAUUUUUGUCAGUUUGCACCACCUCUCCAAAAUAUGCCUGCCUAAAGAAAGAGCAUUGCAAGAAUAAAUGCUCAGUUAUGUACUUUUCUAUGCUAAGUGGAUUUAUAUCUAUCAUCACUCAUGACGAACUUCAGGGGAACCCUUGUGUUGCUUCUUUCUUGUUGGCAACUGCUUCCUUCCAUAGAGGUUAUUUCCAACAAUAAUGAGAUGUUGCCCUGAUCUGUGGGCCUGCCUAUGGAGCUCUCAAGAUCGCGUUCCACUCAUUUCUUUGGCCUGUGACUCAAUCUCUAUAGACUCCCGUUGCUUCAGAUCUUUUUACAACUGCUGGCAUUCUUCGUCUGAUUCUGUGCAUUAGGUUUCCACAAUUUUUAGCUUCAACUACUGCUCCGAUCUGACUUUGAGGAACGAUGCAUGAGCCAUCUUGCUGAUAUACCCUCUAAUUUAGAUCCCAAAUGUCUCCCUUCAUGUGGUGCUGUAAGGUACAUCUGGACAUUGAUGGGGUCCUUCUGGAGCCUAAGGAAAGCACAGAGGCUUGGGUAUUCUCCGCUACCUCUACCCUCAUGAAGAAUCGGCUACCUGAAGUUUCAACCUUCCCAUAGUCUCCUCUCUUAUUGUGAGGCUUGAAGAUCGAGGUGAAAGAUGGAGAAUAUCAUGUCAUUUGGAGAGCUUCAUCAGCCAAACAUCACAGAGAUGUAGGUGCCUAGGGGGCUGUUCUUUCUCUUGGGAAAAGCCAUCGGGCUUUAGCCCUUGCAUUUUUAGGGCCCAGUUUUGUUAAGUACCUUAAAACAUUUGUCAGCACUUUCAGAACUGUUGAAAUAACUACAACUUCAGAUUUAUAAUGGUUAGCAUUGAUCAAGUUAUCAUUCAAGCAAGAGUAAUCGUCUCCUCAAAUUCGCUACCAUCAUCUAAUCAUUUACUUCAAAGAAGCUUGGGUUAUUGACAAAUUGAAGAUGAGUGAGGCAAAUAUGCUUGUAAGUAUUUGGGGUUGUCAUCAUCAGGUAGAACUUAAUGAUUGCAAGUCUCCAAUCAACCCAGUCAAUAAGUUUGAGAAGUAGAUGAGUGUGGGGGGGUUGACUAAGCACGCACAACUAGGCAUUGAUUGAUUAUAUUGAAGAUUUCAUGUCUGAUCUUAUAGGUUGAAUUCUUCAUCUUCGCCUGGUGAUUUUCCUUCUGCAGUUGGAUUGUACUGGAAUGCAAUGAACUUCCAUAAAACAUCCAUUCAGAAGGGCAGGGGGUGUACACGCAUGCUUCUCGUAUGAUUUCAAAAAACUUCCAGAAAAACAUCUCGAUAAUCUUUCUCAUUACAAUAGAAUAGAAGAAUUUUGCCAGUUAUUGGUAAGUAGUUGGAAUAUGUUUUCUUUGGGUGUUAUGCCACCAUCUGCUUUGCUCAAAAGGUGGGGGUUCAGUGUGUAGGAAUUUCACAAAAAGUUUUAGGGGCAUAUGUCAUUUAUAUCCUGGGUCAAUAUUUAAAGGAGGACCUCAUUUUUUUUACUUAUAAUUUUCCUUCAACAAAGUGCACUUAGUGCUACUGUAGAUCCAAGGUAUCCAGACCACUUGAAAACAUUUAAUUGACUUUCGAGGUCCCAAAUUGUCAGUAUAUUUAGUUUCUUUGGAAUAUAUGUUGAGUAGAAGACAAUAUUUCUGCUAAUUUUUUUCUUGCAUUAGACGUUUGUCGUACGGAGGAUGCAGAAACUGACAAAGGAGGGCCUUCAACGAGCUGAUAAGCGAAUAGGGCUUAUGAAUGAAGUAUUAGCAGCUAUGGAUGUGGUCAAGUAUGCUCUCAUCUAUGUGUAUUAGAAUUUAUGCUUUUGCUGUGUGGAUCUUUGUGUCUAAUGAAUGAACUGUUUCUUUUGAAAAAUAAUAGAUGCUACGCUUGGGAGAAGAGUUUCCAAUCUAAAAUUCAAAACAUUCGAAAUGAUGAACUAUUCUGGUACAGGAGGAGUCAAUAUUGGGCAGCGGUAGGUGGAAGUUAAUCAGUUUUGCUUGCCAUUGUUCUCUUUUUCAUCUUGGUGAAUGUAUUACUGGUCUAGUUUUAGUGUAGCUGUGCCAUAUUGUUUGCACAAAGUUUCUUUUUCUCAAUCUAACUAUAGCUGGUGUUUACAGUGUAACAGUUUUGUCCUGAACAGUAUUCCUGUUCUUGUUACUGUGAUUUCUUUUGGAAUGUACACGCUGCUUGGAGGGGAUCUGACACCUGCAAAGGCAUUUACAUGCCUUUCACUGUUUCAAGUGCUACGAUUUCCUCUGUACAUGCUUCCAAAUUUGAUGACCCAGGUGCAGUGCUCAUCUUCAUUUUAAUGGCAUGUCAAAAUACAAAUGGAUGGCAAAAAUGUUUGUUGCCCUGUUCCUUCCUAAUUUGUGAUAAAAUAUGUCAUUUUUUCUUAUAGGUAAGUUUGCAAGGGUUUUUAUGAAAUUCAUCGUUUAUUUUUAUAUCUAUGAUUGUUAUAUGUGAUGAAUCAUGGGAUUGUAUGUAGCUGUGAUCUCGAUUAACCUUAAAAAUAUCUCCGCUCUAAUCGAAAAAUUCUUGACAAAUAUUGUUAUUGUCUCAAUUCUUGUAACAAUUUUAUUUCUGGUUCUCACCGGGGUGAUCAGUGCUUAGUUUAUUUCUCCCCUAAUACCUCGGUAAAAUGUUUAUCGUGGUCUGAGAAGUUUUGUAUAUCGUUUGAGAACUUCUUCAACCAGUGAUCUGAUCAAUCUUAAGUCAUAUCAUUUGAAAAUUAGAAUAACCUUGUAUUGUUUAAUGAAUGUGAAAGUAUAUUUCUUUAAGAGUGUUGUCGAGAUGUACUUAAUAACCUGUAUACCUUACAUGUUGACAUAUAUGUCUUCAUAUACCUUUCAUUUUGUGUUACGUCAGUAUGUCUAGAACCUUCUAAGGAUUUGGUAUAAAUACUGGAUCCCGCUCUCCUUGUAAACAGUUUUUGAUCAAUAAAGUUAGAGUUCUUCCACGAGUGCUGGGCGCAUAUCAGAGCUCCAGACCCUGUGUUAUCUUGACUACAAAGAGGAUAAAUGUUUAAAACAUCAUUAAAACACCCUCAAGAAAAAAUUAAAAAAUCAUCUCUUUACCCUGCCCCUCGAUCCUAUUCAACCAUCAUGGUGGAUGGAGAUAUAGUCUAGCAAGUUUGAAAUGAGGAAAGAAGUUGGUCAUCAGCAGUGGACAUUGCAGUAUUCUUUUGUCCUCUUGUUCUUCCACUUUGUAUUUUUCCUCUCUUUUUUUCUUCUGUGGUUGUAAUCCAACUGAUUAGUUUAAGCUCUUGGAUUUCUCUUAGAGCAAAUGGUGCUACCAUUGAAGUUUAGGAUUUAAGAUUUAGGGUUCGUUGCUAGACUGGUUCUUUAUUGGUUGACCCCAGUUCAUUGUUGAACUAGUUUCUAAUUGUCUUCUGGCCCUGGUACUUGCAUAUAACUAGGCCUGAGCUAGACUUGAAAAAGUGUGAAAAGUCAUUUUUUUCCACCGAAUAUCCACCUAGGGCUCUUUGUUCUCAACAUGGUAUCCGAACCUGGUUUCUAGUCUCUGGCUCCUAGAGAAUUCAGGGUUUGCUUCCUGCCUUCUGUCGGAGCCUUGGGUUUGCUCAGAUUAGGACCUAUUAUUCCAAAGUGCCUUUGUUCAUGCGACCCAGAGGAUCUUAUUGUUCUGGACGCAGGGUGCUCGACCAUAAGGGAGAAGAAUCGACUGAAUGAAAGGAAGUAAUGGGUACUGCUGCAUGAACGCCAGCCUUGAUUUCUGAUAACCCCUUGUGGAUCAUUGACCUUCAUUGUCGAUCAUUUCAGCAUUAAUUGGUAAUAAUCUCCCUUGAUCAUUGACCUUUAUUUUCAAUACUCUCAGCCUUAAAGACCAACAAUGCUUUUGCUGUAAAUAGCAAUCAGUUUUUCUAUAGAUAUCAGAAACUGUAGAUAUUCAUAUAACACAAUUGGAGGAAAGAAGAAGAGGCUUGAUCCUUGAAUCACAAAGCAUGAACAGAUUGAUAAAGAGGGUGAUCUCAAUGAAGAAGAGGUCAAGAGGGUGAGACCUCAUUAAAAAAACUUGAUUCUUGUUUAUUGGCAUAUUCAGGUGAGUUUCCAUUAUCUAUUGGAUUAGAUGCAUUGGGUGCCACCUUUGAUGACUCUUGGAUCAUAGAUUCAAGAGUUACUGACCAUAUGAUACACUCAAGGAGAGUAUGUAAAUGUCUUAUUCACAUACUCUCCUUGCCCAAGUAAUAGGAAAAGUCACAAUGAUGGUUCCUUCACUUAAAUAGCAGGUGUAGGAGAUGUUAAAAUAAACCCUUUACUAACCUUAAAAAUGUUUUUCAUGUCCCUAAACUGUCCAAAAACGUUGUAUCUAUCUGAAAGCUUACUCAAGAUUUACAUUAUAAAGUGGUUUUCCAUCGUAGUCAUUAUGUAUUCCAUGACAUGACAAGAUUUCAAGGAGGAAGAUUGGACAUGCUAGAUAACAAGGACUCUACUAUCUUGAAGUACCAAGCUAGUCAAACAUUACAAAGGGCGAUCUACCAAAUUUUUUAGAGCUUCGUUCAUCCAAUAAGGAGAGAAUUUGGCUUCACCAUCAUUGAGCUUGGCAUUCAUCAUUUAGGGCUUUAGAGUUAUGUUUCCUUCUUUCCUUCUUUGAUUAUUGACAUACAUUGCAAGUAUUCAUCUUCACAAUCGAAGUAAAAGUCUCUAAGCACAAACAUGUGCUUUUUCCAGUUAGUAAUGAAAGAACUUCUAUUCCUUUAUUUCAUAUUCAUAGUGAUAUUUGGGGUCCUUCAACUGUUCUUAAUGUUUUUGGGGCUUAGAUGGUUUUGAAAUUUAUAUUGAUGAGUUUACUUGUGUUGCUUGGAUUUUUGUGCUCAAACAUGAAUCUAAUGUCGAAACUAUUCUCCCAAAGUUUUGUUUUACGAGUAAGAAUCAAUUCAAAGUAAUUGCCAAAAGGUUUAGGUCAAAUAAUGCCAAGGACUAAUUCAAUCAAACCAUAACUUCCUACUUUCAACUAGAAUGGAUAGUUCAUGGGUCAUUAUGUGUCAAUACACCAAGAAAACUAGAGUAGCAAAAAGAAAAAUGAUCAUCUUCUUGAGGUUUCCUAUACUCUUCUUUUCCAAAAUAAUGCACCUAAAUCUUGUUGGGGAGUAGUUCUUAUAGCCCUCGUUAAUCAUUUGCCUUCUAGAGUCUUAGGAUUCAAGAGUCAAAUGAAGAGAUUAUUAUUAUUCUAUCCAAACCUACAAAUUACAAAUAAUCUUGUCCCUAGGAUACUUGGCUGUGUAUCAUUUAUUCAUAUUUAUAGUCAACAUAGAGAGAAAUUAGACCUCAGGGCCGUUAAAAUGCCUUUUUAUGUGCUAUUCUCUAUCCCAUAUAGUAUAUUGCUCUCCAUCAAAAAAAAGAUUCUGUCUAAAUGGAUGUCUCUUUCAAUGGACAAGAGUCUUACUUCAACACACUAUCUUCAAGGGGAGUAUUCAAUCAAUGAAUAUAAGGAUGGGAAUUUCUUUUUGGAUCUGUCGUCACUUUGUGUCUUCUCAUGUUCCUUGGUCUAAGCUUGUAUCCAUGUCCAUGAACCUGCAUUUGAGCUCAUGCCAAAUCAUUACUUUGACGUUCUAGAAAACCUGAAGAAAAUUCAAACUCUGUUCUUGAAAAAUGUGAGAUUUGGUAAAAGGUGAUCCCUUGAAAAUGUGAGGAUCUUCCUAUUGCCCUCAGGAAAGGGACUAACGAAUCCACAGGACGACCUUUAUAUUCUCUUGCACACUUUUUGUCCUAUAAACGCUCUCCACCAUCUCAUAGAAUCUUCAUUGUUAGUUUAAACACUAUUGUCAUCCCUACCACCUUAUCUGAGGUUUUGUCUAAUAAGAAAUAGAACAAGUUUUGAAUGAGGAGAUUGAGGCAUUAGAGAAUAACAAAACUUGGGAGUUAGUAAGGCUAGCUGCAGUAAAGAGUGACCUCUGGGGUGUCGAGCAGAUAAAUCUAUAGAGAGAUGCAAAGCCAGAUUGGUAGCCAAGGGUUACACUCAAACAUAUGAUAUUGAUUGCCUAGAGACUUUUGCUCUGGUUGUGAAGAUGAAUAUUGUCAUAAUCUUGUUAUCAUUAGCAGUUAAUUAUAACUAAGAGCUGCAGCAGUGUGAUGUUAAAAAUGAAUUUUUGCAUGCUGAAUUAGAGAAAAUAAUAUUUAUGGACGGCCCACUAAGUUAUGGAAAUAAUUUGCCUGCUUGUAUGGUGUGAAAUUAAAAAAGCCUUGUAUGAAUUUAAGCACUUACAUUGGGUAUGAUUUGUUAGAUUUAUAAGAGCCAUAGGGUAUAAAGAAAGUCAAGAGGAUCUCACAUUGUUUAUUAAACACUCAUCCUCUUGGUGAGUCACAACAUUGUUGGUAUAUAUUAAUGAAAUAAUUGUGACUGAGAAUGACGAAAAUGGUAGAGAAUAUAUGAGUUAAUGUUUGGCUGAGUUUGAGAUCAAACCAUUUGGGUAGCUGGCAUAUUUUAUUGGGAUUGAAGUAGCUCACUUAAGAUAAGACAUCUUUAUCUCUCAAUAGAAGUACAUUACUGAUCUUCUUAGAGAAGCAAGAUCGCAUGCAAACCAACAAGUACUUCAAUUGAUCCAAAUCUUAAACUUGGCAUGGCAGAAGAGGAUGAGCCAGAUAGAGAAUGUAUCAGCGCCUGGUAGAAAGGCUUAUUUAUGUCUGAUACACAGCCAGAUAUUGUGUAUGCAGUGAGUAUGAUUAGCCAGUGUUACAGUAUCUCCAAGGAAGUCCACCUGCAAGGAGCUCGCCGAGUGUUACAGUAUAUCCAAGGAAGUCCACCUGCAAGCAGCUCACCGAGUGUUACAGUAUCUCCAAGUGACAGCAGGAAAAGAUAUUCUAUUUAGGAAAAAUGGAGGAUUAGUACUUGAGACGCACAUAGAUUCUGAUUAUGAAUAAUCAGUGGUUGACACGAGAUUAACCUCUGGAUAUUACACUUUUUUAGUGGCAAUCACAUGGUGUGGAGAAACAAGAAACAAAAUGUGGUGGCAUGGUUGAGUGCUGAGGAUGAAUUUUAGGCAAUUGCUCAAGGUUCAUGUGAACUAUUUUGGUUGAAGAUCAUCUUAAAAGAAUUGAAGAUUAGUCAGACGACCUAAUAAGACUAUUAUGACAACAAGUCUGCAAUCAACAUAGUUCACAACACACUACUACAUGAUUGAACAAGACAUUGAGAUUGAUGGACAAGUUAUCAAAGAAACGUUUGAGGGCGGAUUGAUUAACACACCUUUUGUGUCUACACGUGACCAACUUUUGGAUGUACUUACUAAGGGUUUUAGUCCAGCGUUUCAGAGUCCUGUAUCCAAGUGGGGAAUAGAGAAUAUCUAUUCACCAGCUUGAGGGAGAGUGUGGGAAAAGACAUUGGUUGGGUUUAGGUUUUAUUGCUGGAGCGGUUCCUAACUGGUUAGGCCCAAUUCAUUGUUGGAUCAGUUCCUAAUUGUCUUGUGGGCCUGGUGUUUGUAUAUAACCAGGCCGGAGCCAGACUUAAAAAUGGGUGAGAAGUCAUUUUCUUCGACCAUAUAUCUGUCUAGGGUUUUUUGUUUCGUCAGAUAUCUGCGGAGAAAUCGUUGGGCCGUGCUGGACCUGUCACCAAGUUCUUGCAACUAGCAUUGUUCAUGUGCUAACUUUCUGACAUCUUCGUUUUGUUGUGAGCAGAUGACCCCUGGUCCUGGGAACUCAGUUUCCAUUCUCCAAUGCCCAGAUUUCCUUACCUUCAAUAUGGUUCCAAAUGUAAAGUUUUUCUCAGGAAUCAAUCAGUUUAGAGGGCUUCAACUGUAGAGACUUGAAUGAGUCUCAGCCAAGUAGAACGGCUUGUAACUCCAUAUGAAACAACUUAGUUUUUUUUUAACUUUCCACGUAUCUAUAGAAUACUGAAUAGGGCGAUUUCGGAGUUCUACACCAGAAACGCAACUUAAUUGGCAGAGCCUCUCCCAAAGUUUGAUUAUGUGCUGAUAGUUCUCUGGUAUUUAUACUAUUUUAAAACGCAAUUUUCGAGGUCCAGUCACAUUUUAAUAAAAUAGAAUGACUGUUAUGUUUUUAUGCUCAAUUUUAACAGUGAACAAGUUCUCUUAACUGUGGCCUGAAAUGCCAUUAACAAUAAAGUGUAUUUAGUUUUGUGUCAAAUGACAUAUACUGCUUAAAUAUCUACAUCACAUUCAGAUACUAUUAUAACAGUCCUGAAAUCAGCUUUGAAUUUUAUAAUCUUACAAAUAACGUGUAAAAACACAGUUUAAGUUUUUAAUGAUUGUUUAACUAGCUAUUUGUUUUAAAUAAUCUAGUCUUCUUCUCUGAAGAUUUGUAGCCAUUUUUUAGUUUUAAAAAAUUACAUUAAUGCGUUUGUUCCUCAAGUUAUGUUCUUUUUUUCUUUUGCCAGGUUGUAAAUGCAAAUGUGUCUUUGAAGAGAUUGGAAGAUCUACUUCUUGCUGAAGAGAGAGCACUCUUACCCAAUCCGCCUCUUGAUCCAAGACUUCCAGCAAUCUCGAUCAAGGAUGGAUACUUUUCUUGGGACUCGAAGGUUAACAUAUCAAGAUCUUUUUAUUUUUAUUAUAUUUUUCAGGUGUUUAAUGUGCUUAGGACAUCAAAUGAUACGAGUUUACUAGAUAAUUGUAUUUAGGAACAUGUUUAUUGCCCCAUUCAAAGAGCGCAUCAGUCUUCAGAAUGAAUUAAUGUUUUCCAUUUGACCAAUCUGAGCAAUUGUUCAUUAAGAAAAGCAUUCCUUGUAGUGUAAUCGUUUUUAGCAGGCAUCUCAUCUGUUUCAUUUUUCUCAAUCAAACUACAAUGGAGAAUUUGAUUGCUUGAUCACUAAUAGUUGUAGAACUCCAUGAUGCUGAGAGCACGUGUUGAUAUUGUUUCUCUGCCUUAAUUUUCUAAAUAAAUACGGGCUGUUUUCCUCUCUUUAUCGCUUACCUUUUGGCACUUCGAAUGAAAUUGAACAAUUUUUGUGUGCUUCCUCUCUCUUGCUCAUUACAAGGCUGCAUCAGUUAAUCUUCUGAUUGUUCUAGCAUGAAAUUUGUGUGCUUGUAAGAAUUGGCUAAUUUAUCUAGGAUUUAUUUGCCAAUCAUUCUUUGUGUGCACUUUCUCUUAAUUAUUUUCUUGGAAACCAGGUAUAAUGUUCUUGUAUUUCUUUUCGGAAACUUCCAUAAUUGUAUCCCCAACAAAACACUUCUAUGUAACACAGGAAGAGACGCCCACGCUGUCAAACAUAAAUUUAGAUAUACCUGUUGGUAGCCUGGUGGCAGUUGUAGGCAGCACUGGAGAAGGAAAGACAUCAUUGAUAUCAGCAAUGCUUGGAGAACUUUUGCCAUUGCCAGAUACCAAUACAAGCGUGGUUAUCCGAGGCACUGUUGCCUAUGUCCCACAAGUGUCUUGGAUUUUUAAUGCCACGGUAUGUUAGACUGUUUCUGCUUUUUCCAUUUCUCUCUCGUACAUUGUACAAGUUUCUCUGACAAACUAUGCUAAUUUAACUUUUAUGUUGCUAACACAUCUUGAAUUUUAUAUAAUGUCUAUCAUAUAGGUGCGUGACAACAUAUUGUUUGGAUCUGAUUUUUAUCAGUCACGCUAUGGGAAGGCCAUAGAAGUGACAGGACUGGAGCAUGAUCUUGAGUUAUUGCCAGUAAGUUUAGAUGUUUUUAGUUACGAAAGUCUGUACGGGUUUGAAACUCUUUACUAUUCUGAAUACUAAAUGUGCCCACGUUUAAGUAUAUAAUAGUAUUUAAGGGCCUGUCUCAUUGGUUCAGGGCGGCGAUCUUACAGAGAUUGGAGAGAGAGGAGUAAAUAUCAGUGGUGGACAGAAGCAAAGAGUUUCCAUGGCUCGAGCUGUGUAUUCCGAUUCAGAUGUAUAUAUAUUUGAUGAUCCUCUAAGUGCAUUAGAUACCCACGUGGGUCGAUUGGUAAGGCCACAAACUUCAUGCAUCCUCCUCCUUAUUAGAUUCGACCUUUACCUAUGAUUCUUUGUUAAUUUAUUAUUUUGAUAAAGAUGUGGCAUCGGAAUCUAUAUGGGGUGCGUCAUUUAAACUUUAGAUGGCAAGAAAAAAUGUAUUUAUAUUUGAUCUUAUUCUUCAAUUUCACUAAAUCUGCAUUACUACAUUAUUUCAUCUUCCCCUUUGUCCUAUUGUCUGUUCACUAUUCCCAUAUAUGCAAUGCGGAAGACAUCUCUAGGCCUGUUUCUGCGCCUAUCAUUUCCAUUUUUCAGCUGUGAUGUUGAUCGAUGCCUGCAGAAGAGAAGUGAACCAGGAAAAAAAGUUAGUUGUUAUUUUUGAACCAGACUUGUCGUUCUUCCAUUGUUACAUUACUGGGAAGCCAAUUCAGGGCGUAAAAAUCUGCUGGAAGAUCUUAUAUAGUGGAGAAGAACACAAUACCCAUGAAAAUUAAUUGUCGUUUUAUCGAUGGAAGAGAAGUCAAAAGGCAUAUCAUCAUAGAACGGCUGUAUUUUCUCCCUUCCAUGAUGGGCAUCUCAUUCUCAUCUGACCGGGUGCAUGCAAAGCCUUCAACAAAUUUCCUACGUCUGUCUUUGUGAUUUUUUUCACCUUCCUGUUAAAGUAAUUUCCAUAUCGUUAGCAUCCUGUGUGAUCAGAUAAAAUGAAAAUACUACCUGCACGAAAAAUUACUACUGCAUGAAAUUCUUUGAGCUACUUAAGACUGGUGUGUCUGAUUAUUGAUGUGGAAACUUAUUUUCUGUAUCUUGCAAUCUCCCAUAGUCUGAGGUACUGUCUCUUCUUCCAGGUUUUUGACAAAUGUAUCAAGGAUGAAUUGAGACAGAAAACCCGAGUGCUUGUCACCAACCAGCUGCAUUUUCUCCCAUAUGUAGAUCGAAUCAUCUUAGUCCAUGAUGGUGCAGUAAAAGAAGAAGGGACCUUUGAAGAAUUAAGUUCUAAUGGAGUACUAUUCAAAAAAUUAAUGGAAAAUGCUGGGAAAAUGGAGGAACAACUAGAAGAAAAAGUGGAUGGUGACGACAACGAGGAAGAUACAGGGAAACCUUCAAUAAAUGGGGAAAGUGUGAAAAAGGAGGAUGCUCCGGUGGCCAAGAGUGAUUCAAAGAAGACAAAAGAGGGAAAAUCUGUGCUCAUCAAACAGGAGGAGCGUGAAACCGGCGUCGUCAGUGCAAAGGUUCUCUCGAGGUAAGUUUUCAUUCACCCCUUGGUAAUUUGCCUCAUUUUAGCUACCACUCUUGCCGAUUUCCCAGAUUUUAAGUGUUACUUUUUGUAAAUAGUCAUGUAUUGUUUACAUGAGAUGGAGGUUUGUGUGCAUGGUUUGUAAGUAUCGUCACUUCAAUAUGCCCGUGUGCCCAUAAAUGUCUAUAGCAUGCUCUAAGGAGUAACUUGGGAAACACUUCCGGUUUUCUCCUCUAUUGCUCAUUUUAGUAUCAUUGGCUUUCGUUUGAGAUUUAUUUUUUUCUUUCAUCAUUAAAAACUUAUUUGUGAAGGGGUUCCAUGUGGCUCCACAUUAACUCAUUUAUCCCGUGAUCCAUUCAUUUAUAUAAAUAAGAUUGCAUCCAUGACACGCAGUCAUGUUAGUUUCGGGGUUCCAUGAUCCAGUACUGACUCGAAUAAACAAUUGAAUUUUAUGGUCAUCUUGAGUCUUGUAAACCAAAUUUUUAUAUUGUUCUUGCAAAAUCUGUGCAUUUCUCUGAUAAAAAAAGGCCAUUUAUUUGCAUUUUUUUAAAAUAUAUGGAGAAUGGUACGAGGGCUGGGUUUACAUAAACUGGUAAUGAAAUUCAUUGUAUACUCUGAUCAUCGGAUGAUCUAUCUCGUGUUCCAAACGGGCAUCUUACUUGUUGUGCAUGUCUAUGCAUCAUUUUAUUUUAUUUUUCCUUCAACUGCACUCCAGGUACAAAAGCGCAUUAGGAGGUCUGUGGGUGGUGGUGAUACUCUUCAGCUGCUAUUUCUUGACUGAAGUUCUUCGGAUCUCAAGUAGUACAUGGUUGAGCAUCUGGACAGAUCAGGGCGCUCCGAAAACACACGGCCCGGGCUUCUACAAUCUGGUCUACGCUCUGAUCUGUCUGGGUCAGGUAGGCUUCAUUCAAUAGCUUUGAACUUUAUCAUCCCACUGUUUCAGAGAAUCCCCAAUUGUAUGUCUCAACCACUGUAAUUAUGCGUGCAGGUGAUAGUAACAUUGGGAAAUUCCUUCUGGCUAAUUACCUCGAGCCUCUAUGCGGCCAGGAAGUUGCACGAUGCUAUGCUUAACUCCGUGUUGAGGGCCCCGAUGCUGUUCUUCCACACUAAUCCACUCGGGCGGGUGAUCAAUCGGUUUGCCAAGGACCUCAGCGACAUCGAUCGCAAUGUGGCGGUCUUCGUAAAUAUGUUCCUCGGGCAAGUGUCGCAGCUCUUUUCCACGUUUGUUCUUAUAGGCAUCGUGAGCACGGUCUCUCUCUGGGCUAUCAUGCCCCUCAUUAUCCUGUUUUAUGCGGCCUACUUGUACUACCAGGUGAGUUGUCCCUUCUCCAUUCCAAGGGAUAAGGGUUGAUAGAGUAGUUUUUAUUGUUGUUGACAGAUGGAUUUUUGUUGUUUUUUUAUAAAAAAAGCCUUGAGCUCUUGAAUGGGUCUGUUGCAAUGUUCACAUAGACAGUAAAUAGGCAAGGCAUCAUUCCACUGGUUUGCAAAGAAUUUCCAUCCUUGGGGAGUAAUUUGUUACAAGGAGACAGGAUCUUGGUAUCUCACCAAGAAAUUCUUUACUGAUGUUGGCACAUCUUCAAGGCAGCUCGAUCUGAAUCGAGUUGGCACUGAUGUGGUCCAUGGAAAUUCAGAUAGGACUCCCUUCUGAGAUGUAGCUUGCUGGGAUUUCUCUUUCCUGUAAAAAGUCUGAGAAAAGUUUCUGAUUGACUUUUUUCUGUGAGCUUCUGCUGUCUCUAUUGCUGGGAUUCCACCAUUUUCUUCUGUUGUCCUCUCUCAAAAGCUACUCAUUUUUCGUACGACUGCCUGAUUUGAUUUUGUUCCUCUUUCUCUGUGGGCUUUGUGCUUAGACAAUCGCUGACCUACGACAUUAAUUUUCUCAGAGAAGUCGUAUUCUUGCGGUAGAAAAUGGUUCUCUCACUUUGGUUGGCCAUGAAUGAGCACAUUCUCACAAGCGCUUGCUUCAUUGAUUUCCUCCCCGCAGAGCACUUCACGCGAAGUCAAGCGCCUGGAUUCCAUCACGAGGUCCCCUGUGUACGCUCAGUUCGGAGAGGCAUUGAAUGGACUCUCCACGAUCCGGGCAUACAAGGCCUACGACAGGAUGGCCGCCAUUAAUGGCAAGUCCAUGGACAACAACGUCAGAUACACGCUGCUCAACAUGGGCGCCAACCGCUGGCUAGGCAUCCGGCUGGAGACGCUGGGGGGGCUCAUGAUCUGGGUCACAGCGUCAUUUGCAGUCAUGAAGAACCAGCGAUCAGAGGACCAGAAGGCGUUUGCAUCGACCAUGGGCCUGCUGCUGACCUACACCCUGAACAUCACGAACCUCCUGACAGCGGUCCUCCGGCUAGCGAGCCUUGCAGAGAACAGCCUCAACGCCGUCGAGCGGGUCGGCACGUACAUAGAGCUGCCAUCGGAGGCCCCCCUCGUAGUGGAGAGCAACAGGCCUCCGCCUGGCUGGCCAGCUGCGGGGGUGAUCAAAUUCCAGGACGUGGUGCUGCGAUACAGGCCCGAGCUCCCCCCCGUCCUCCAUGGAAUAUCCUUCGAAAUAGCCGCCAGCGAGAAGAUCGGGAUCGUUGGCAGGACCGGUGCCGGCAAGUCUAGCAUGCUGAAUGCGCUGUUCCGGAUCGUGGAGGCGGAAAGGGGGAGGAUCUUCAUCGACGAGUGCGACGUCUCGAGGUUGGGCCUCACUGACCUCCGCAAGGUCCUCGGGAUCAUCCCGCAGUCGCCGGUUCUCUUCUCUGGUGCGUUCGUCUCAUCUCAUCUCAUUCUCCUGGUCAAUUCCGGACUCCAUCGGCACCGAUGUGAUUGUGGUUCCUUCUCCUCGUGUUUUUUAGAAGUGGGUAACUCCUCCUGCCCGGGAUGAUUAGAGGUCCUUGCUUGCUUUUUUCUGCGUAUCCAGGAACGGUUCGAUUCAAUCUGGACCCCUUCAGCGAGCACAACGAUGCAAAUCUCUGGGAGGCGCUGGAGAGAGCCCAUCUGAAAGAUGCCGUCAGGAGGAACCCUCUUGGUCUCGAUGCCGAGGUGAAUGCCACCACACUCUUGUUUUGCUCUGAUGCAAUCAUCCGCAUGAAGCGUAAAAAUAACCUUGUGAUAUCUUCUCAGGCACUCUGACACUCGCUCACUUUUCUGGGUUCCUUCGUUUCAUACCACAGUUGCCUGUUGAUUUAUUUAUUUUUCUUUCACUCCAAAUAUAUAUAUAUAUAUAUAUGUUAUCUUGGCGAUUAUUCCGAGAUGUCUGUUCUUUCUGAUGGGAUUCCUGCUCUUCCCCUGUGCCUCCAGGUUUCUGAGGGAGGGGAGAAUUUCAGUGUUGGGCAGAGGCAGCUGCUGAGCCUUGCGCGGGCUCUGCUGAGGAGGUCGAAGAUCCUCGUGCUGGACGAGGCCACUGCCGCAGUUGAUGUCGGCACUGACGCCCUCAUCCAGAAGACCAUCAGAGAGGAGUUCAAGUCCUGCACAAUGCUUGUCAUCGCCCACCGCCUGAACACAAUCAUCGACUGCGACCGCAUCCUCGUCCUCAGUGCCGGCCGGGUGGGGUCUUCUCAUCAUUUUUAUUCUAGUCCGCAUCCUUCUUUCGCUCAGUAUCUUGAUUGUUUUAAAUGAACAAUUGGUCCCCGAUGAUCCUCACUCAUUUUCUUGCGCAAAAUCUUGCUCCAGGUGCUGGAGUUCGACUCGCCGGAGGAUCUCCUGUCCAACGAGGAGAGCGCCUUCUCGAAGAUGGUCCAGAGCACCGGACCCGCCAACGCCCAGUACCUGAGGGUACCACACUCCAUCAUAUAUGAUCUCAAAUCCCGUCACAAAAUGCCACAGCCAUCAGUGCCAAAUCAUGGAUAAUUGGCUCUCAGAUCGUGUACUAAAACGGACGAUCUAUUUUGUCUGGCAGAGCUUGGUCCUUGAAGACGAGGAGGCCAGGGCCAGCAAGGCGGCGGUGAGGCGGCGGGACAGCGAGAGGCGGCGUCAGCGGGCGUCUUCCCAGUGGGCGGCUGCCGCCCAAUUUGCAGUUGGCCUCAGCCUCUCCUCCUCGCAGAGCGAUCUCCAGCAGCUGGAGACGGCUGACGAGGACAGCAUCCUGAGGAGGACCAGAGAUGCCGUCGUGACCCUGCAGACCGUCCUGGAAGGGAAGCACAACCAGGUCAUCCAUGACACCCUGGACAGGCACCAGGUCCCACGGGACAGGUGGUGGUCAGCACUCUACAAGAUGAUCGAAGGUGAUCACCCAACGAAUGCCAUGUCAGCAAGCUGCCAUGUGGCGACCCAUCAUCAAAAGAUGAUGCGCAGUUGUGACGGCAGCAAUUAUGCCACAUCGUCAAAAGAUGAGCCUCCCCGCUGAUUUGGGGGGGUGCCCCUUGGCAUACUGCCGAUGUGGCAUUGAUGAUGCGGCAGCCCAUAAUUUCUGCACUCUCUCUCUCUCUCUCUCUCUCUUUCAUCAAUCAGCUCACUGAGAAGGAUUACUUUGCUGCUUGUGUGCAGGUCUCGCUGUGAUGAGUCGACUUUCUCGCAGCCGCUUCCAUCACCUUGACUUCGAGGACAGGUCCAUCGACUGGGGCGAGCCAGAGCCCUAG